AUGCCGGCGUCUGACCCAGAUUCUUCGGCUCCGGCUGUUACAAAGUAUGACAGUCUCGUCAAGCAGCUCGACCGGCUUUUCGCCGCGUCCACUAAUCCGCUAGUUGAACGUCACGAGUUCACUAGUCGUCGCCAACUCCCCGGCGAGAGUUUCCUCGACUACGCGACAGUCCUGAAGGAGAAAGCCGUACGAUGGAAGUUUGGGCUCACGUACGCGGAACGCGUCCACGAUCAGAUUAUUCACGGCUCGUCCAACUUGUGGUUGAGAGAGAAGUUGCUGGCAUACGGUGAAGAGUUGUCCUUGGAGAAAGCGGAAGAAGUCGGUCGGACGCUCGAAGCAUUGUCCUUGGCGAACCAAGCGUUUGCUCCCAGUCAACCUGAACAUGUGGAAGCUGUUGGGCAAGGCGCCCAAUAUGGCGGCGCAAAGAGAAAGAAUGGCUGCGCCAGUCGGGGAGGUCGUGACGUCACGUCACCAGGUCCUGGAGGCCAAGAUGGCGACUUUCAGCCGCAGUCGUCGUCUGGGUACCGUGCUCCAGUCCCAAAUGAGAAGUCUCAAGGCAACUUCCAACCUCAAUUGUGCGACCGCUGUGGAAGCAGACGGCACCACUCAAGUUUUCGAAAUUGUCCAGCCCGAAGUCGGCGUUGCAAUACGUGCAACGCUUGGGGACAUUUCACGUCGAUGUGCCGCAAGACUGCCCCUGUACAGCGCGUCUUUUCGAGGGGAGCUGUCGACGUCGUACCGGAGCAGCAGGCCUCCACUCAGUUGAACUCAACUUCAAGGUCAUCAGUGUUAUCUUCAGAUCGUCCUUUGUUGUCCGUGCUCACAGUUAGCACCUCUUCCAGAAAAGACUUAGUCGUCCACGCUGUGGUCGAUGGUGUUACCCUGCGACUACUGGUGGAUACAGGAGCGUCUGUAUCCUUGAUGACUGCAGAAGACUUUCAGCGUCAUUUCAGCAAACAGCACAGCCUGUCCAAAGCUGUAGUCGACUUGCGAAACUUCUCCAAACAGUGCAUCAGGAUCCUUGGCUCCUUCCAAGCUCCAGACAAAGUGUUGCAGCGGUCUUGCGCCGUGGUCUUCUACGUCACCAUUAAGGGCACAUCGCUUUUGGGCCUUGACGCCAUUCAGCGACUGGGCAUCCAGAUUGACGGCGCGUCGUUGACGUGUCGACUCGCAUCAUGUGAAGUGCAGUGUCCCUCCAACGUGCCUUCGGGCUUCGAGCAGCUCUUCAGCGACGAGUUGGGUCUCGUCAAGGGUUUCAUUUAUCGCAUUCAACUGCGGCCAGGUGUGACUGCGGUUGCAUCCAAGCUGAGGCAUCUCCCUCUGGCUUUUCGCGAUCAGGUGGCGACCGAGUUUCGACGAAUCGAGGACUCUGAUGUCAUCGAACGCGACGACGCUUCCGAGUGGGUCUCGCCGCUCGUCGUCGUUCGCAACAAAAAUGGAAGCAUUCGGCUGUGUGUAGAUCUCAGGGAACCAAAUAAGGCAAUUAUCAUCGAUGGGUAUCCUUUGCCGCACGUUGAAGAGUUGUUGCAGAUGUUUCAUGAAUCCACUUGUUUUUCUAAGCUAGACUUGGUGUCAGCUUAUCACCAGCUGUUGUUAGAGGAGAGCAGUAGGGACUUAACGACGUUCAUCACGCAUGAUGGCUUCUUCAGGUUUAAGCGUGUCUGUUUCGGUCUGGCGUCUGCGCUUGCAGUUUUUCAAAAAAUGAUGUCCAGAUUUUAA